CAGUCAUGUGAUCUUGGACAAAAUGGCGUUCUAGAUCUCUGAAUGUUUUUAAAAGUACAAAUUAAACAAAACAAAACAUGGAUAGUGAAGAUUUCACCAAGAAUUUACUUUCUGAAAUUAAUCAACUUUGGAUGGAUAGAGAGCUGUGUGAUGUGAAUUUAUCUGUUGAGGGUGUAGUCAUCCCAGCACACAGAAUUAUUUUGGCAGCUCUAAGCCCAUAUUUUAAAGCCAUGUUCUGUUCUCAGCUUGAUGAGAGUCACAAAUUUCAAAUCAGGAUCCAGGACCUCAGCCUCACGGCUGUUCAAGCCAUCAUCAACUUUGCCUACACUGCUCAUUUGGAGCUUACCGAAGAUACUGUCCAAACCAUUAUGCAAACUGCGGCUAUGAUGCAGAUCUCAGCAGUGGAAAAGCUUUGCUGUUCUUUUCUUGUAGAGCAUCUUCAUCCUUCUAAUUGCCUAGGCAUACGAGACUUUGCACACAUAAUUGGAUGCUUUGAUUUAAAAGAAACAGCUGAUAAGUACUGUGAAGAGAAUUUUUUUGAGGUUUCUCAUCAUGAUGAAUUCUUAAAACUUGAAGUUGAAGAGGUAAUAGGGUUAAUUUCAAGAGACAGUUUAAAAGUUGCCAAAGAGGAAGAGGUAUAUGCUGCUGUUAUGAGGUGGGUUGCUUUUGACCCGGAGAGAAGCAAAGAUGAUGUUUCCUUACUGAUGGAGCAUGUCAGACUACCACUGGUUCAGUGGGAUUUUCUAAUCAAAGAAGUCAGCAAAGAUAAAUUGUUUGUCACCAAUGAGGAUUGUCGAAAUUACCUGCAGCAAGCUCGAGCUUUUCAAGCCAGCUCAUUUCAUCCUGAUCUAAUCAAUUUUGCUUACAACGAGGCUGUGGUUCGAUCUCAGCCAAGGGCAUUUUUCUCAGCAGCUGACUUAUUAUACUCAGUGGGUGGAGAAUCAUCAGAGAGAGACAUAUUGUCCUCGUUUGAAAGUUUUAAUCCAUUCACAAACCAAGCAACUCAGUUACCUUCUUUGCCAGAAGCCAAAAGAAGUCUUGGGGUUGCAGUUGUGGAUAAAAUAAUUUAUGCUGUAGGUGGCGCCACAUCAACAGAAACUUCAAGAUCAGUUCAUGCCUUUGACAUCGACAAACAGCAGUGGCUGAGUCGGGGUCAGCUCUGUGUGGCUAGAAGUAGUGUUGUGGUUGCCGUGGCUGGAGGAGGAGUCUAUGCCUUAGGGGGACAUGGGGAACAUGGUGUCCUUUCAUCGUCAGAAAAGUAUGACAUUGAGCUGAACUCCUGGUCUCUUUCUGAAAUGCUAGAGCCCCGCAGUAUGGCAGCUGCAGCUGUUGUUGACAAUCGUCUUUAUCUAUGUGGUGGUUAUGAUGGUGUGGAAGAUCUCAGUUCCUGCCAUGUGUUUGAUACCAAGAAUCACCAGUGGUCUGUAUGUGCGAGCAUGAAUCAAGCCCGAUCUAUGCUAGGAGCCGCUGCCCUUGAGGGCAAAGUUUAUGUUUCUGGAGGAUGUCAUCAGGAACAAUGCCUGGACUCAGUGGAAUGCUUUGAUCCGAACUCAAAUUUGUGGACUUUGAUCCAGCCAUUGACAGGACCUCGUAGAGGCAUGGGCUUCAGUACACAUGGAGAUACCUUGUACAUAGCAGGAGGGCAUGAUGGGAAGACAUUGCAAGGGUCCAUUAUGAAGUACAACAAAAACACUAAGGACUGGGCAGUUGUUGGUAAUCUAAUCACAAAAAGAGGGAGAUUUGGUUUUCUGUAAAAAAAAUGUUUUCUCUAAAACAUUUUUAUUCCUAUUAUCUAGAUUUAUGAUCUCAGAAUCGUUUACAUUUUUAAAAAAUUAAUUAGGCCUUAACACAAUAUUAAUGUUCUUUGCAUGAAAACAUGUUUAUAGGGGGAAAAAAGCAUUUAAUUAAAACUUUUCUAAAAAUGAUUUGUGAAAAAUAUUUUCUUAUCAGUAUUUUAGAAAUAAUUUUUGUUGUAUAUUUUGUUUAUGAGUGAUGCAUUUUAUUUUUAGUUCUGCACAAUUUUUUUGUGUUAAUAUUCAACACUGAAACAGUUAAAAAAUGUAUCUGGUUAUAAUAAGAUUUACACUCUAAAGCUAUUCGUUUAAUGUAGAUCAAAGGUCCCGGCAAAAACAAAAUAUUUUUUUUGCUGGAUUAUUGUUGUGGCAUUUUUUAAAUCAUUUUAUCAUGGAAAAAUAAAUUAAUUAUGAACACUUUUUUUUUAGGUGGUGGGAGGGGGAGGCAUGAAUCAAUAGUAAUCUGUACUGAUGAUAGAAAAUUGGAUUAAGUUUGUUGACAUUUAUCCUUCUAAAGGUAAUAAAUGCUUUAUAUUUUGUUAAUGUGUUUAUAUUAGUUCUUACUCUAGUCAAAUAUCACCAUAAAGCUAUUUUUUUUAAAUAGAGAUGUUAACAAAUUGUACUAGAAUAAGAAAUAUUUCUUGAUCACUAUAAGCUAAGUCAGAAUCUCAUUAUUUCUUCUGAAAUUAAUAGGCUAUAUGUAUACAACAUUAAAAUAAUUGUAUUAUUUUUUCAAUUGUCUAAUAUUUAUUUUUAAUGUGAAAAUUUUGUGUUCAUCUGGGUUUUUAAAAAUGUUUUUUUGAUUAAUUUUAAUUGAUUUACAUUAAGAUGUAUGAUUUUUGUGUCUGGAUAUUUAUGUUCACGUACAUGCUAUGUAUAAACUCAGGGCUCUAUUUGACAAGCUGCAUGUCUUUACUCAAUUAAUUCCAUGAUAUUAACUUUUUGAAUAACGUUGACAUUUUGAUUUGGUUUACAAUCAUGCUAGUUACUUGUUUUUACCAAAGACAUUUGUGUGUGUGUGUAUUUUCUUUUUUUUAAAAUAUAUUUUAGUUCAUUUGAACCUUUGUACUUCGAAGAUAUUUUUUUUUUUACAAAAAAGAAAUAACUAAGUCUGACAAACAUUUGAAGUUAUUUAUAUAUACAUAUUUAUACAUUCCUGUGUCAAUAAUGAUCAAUUGUUUGGUUAAUAUGCUGAUGUAUCAUCAUUAGUUGUUUCUUGUUUUUAUUCAUCUUGUGUUACAUUCGAUCCAGUGUAAUCAGUAUUAGUAGAUCUGCUGUACCGGUAGUCAUAAUCUCUGACUUUGGUUUUGACAAUGUCUUUUUUUAGAGGAAUGAUUUUGUAUAUUUUAAAUACAUUUUUUCAACAAUUUAGUAUUUCAUUUUUUUUAAAGUAUUGGCAGCAAGUAUUGAAACACUUUAUUAUGGCUGGUGUUUUUAUGUAAGCUUCUCUCAGAUAUAUUUAUAUAUCAAGUCAUGUCAAAGUAUUCUAGCAGCUCCACGCUUUGAUUCCUUACUUUAUUCCUUUUUUUUUUAAAAAUACUUUCCUUCUUAUGUCUCUUUCAUAUUUCACAUUUUUAUUUACACUAAUAAAAAAAUUUCUUUUGAUCAGAUUACAUAAAAAAAAAAUAUGAAAAUAAUGUAACUGAAUUUCUAUUUUCAAUGUUGAUGAAUAUUAGUAUAUGCUUUUAUUUUUAUUAAUGGGAAAGUAAUGACCAUUAAGACUCAGAACUAAUUAUGCCACCUAUAGAAGUGAUGGAUACAAAAAUAAAAAAAAAUACAAGUUUAGAUAUUUAAAUGUCAAAUAGAUAUCUGUGUGGUUUCUAAACUCACAGUUAUAUAUGUUUCAAGCCCUGGGGGCUAAAUAGUCUGGUCACAACAGGUUUGCAUGGCCAUGUGAAACACUGCAUUCAUCCUAAUCUUUGGAAUUGAAGACAUUGCCAUUCAUUCAUUUGUAGAAUGUAGUUAAUAGAAAAUAAUUUGUUCAUUAUUUCUAUAUUUGGUGUAUCAAAACCCUUUAAAUGCACUUAAUAAUUCAAUCUAUGUUUUCACAAUUGAUUUACUCAAAAAUUGCAUUAGAAGCUUUACUCUAUAUUUAGGCAGUCGGUCUGGCAAUUAAAUAUUUAAUCAUCGAGAAAUGUAAAAAAAAAAACUAUUUGUAUUUUAUUAAGGGCAAGUGUGUCUGCUAAUAAUUCUUAUAGUUUUUAUGUAUUACAAAGUUUCUGAAUUUUUUUAUAAAGUAAAACUUUUGUGGGAUAUUUUGUUUAUUAUUCUAAAGCAUUUUUUUUUGGUCAUCAAGUCUAUUGACUCUAAGAUGACCAGGGAAUCCAGUCAUUGCUUUGUGGAUCUAUUGCCUAUUUGGUUUCAGUAGGUUUCAUCAUAAUUGAUUAUUCAUUAUCACUGUCUUUAGUUAUCAGGCAAAUGAAAAGGCUUCCCUCUAGGCCUAGAUGGGAUUUUUUAAGAUGUAUCUUGUAGGUUCUUUAUGUUUCCUUAAUCACCUUUCAUUUUCCUCAUUAUUAAUGUUUUCACCCAGAUACCUCAUUUAGACUUUUAAGCCUGAGUUGUACAGAGGAAUACAUCCUUGAACUCUUGUUGCAUGAUUUGAUAAGAGAUCAUUCAGUGUGGUAGUCAAAUGAAAUCUACACCUGGUGCAGUAACACAGAAACAGUUUUUUUCAGCUGUGACCUCAUUUAACCAUGGGAUAUCUUAAAUUGAAUAGAUGCUUGCAGCUUUUAGAUGCUUGCAGAUUCUGUGAUAAUGUUACAUGGAUAUUUCUGCACAUUGUUUAAGUGUUAAGCCCUAUGAGUAGUGUAUUUUUACCUUAUCUUUUGAGAAGUCUGCUUCAAUCGGCACUGAGAAUGAUUAAAGAUGAGCCCCGUCACAUGCAUUAAUCAUAUUGUAAAUCACUUUGGCAGCGUUGGUAGUGAGUUAGGCCUGGAUCUCUACUUGCUUAAUCUUAAUUCUAAACAUUUCUCAGCAUAUUGUUUUUGGUGGGAAGAGAUGCAAGGUUCUUGAGGAGCCUUUUGAUUUUCUAAGUAUUUUCAUUCAAAUAUAUUUGGUACUUGUGUUUCAUCAGCUUGUGGCUGAGUAUUCUUAGUCGUUGGUAGGAUUUCAAUUACAUCUUUGCUAAAUUGGGGAGACUUUAGCUUGGACUUCAGAUUCCGUUUGAUUCAGGCCAGCUUUACAUCAAUAUUUUUUUUUAAGUUGUUGUUUUCUGCAUGGCUGUAUUCCUUCCAGUCAAUAGUGUGUUGGACAAAGCUUGUUUAUCACUUUAAUACUUAAGUAAAAAUUUAAUUUGUUUUGUCCAAACCUUUAACUAAUAUUGAAAAUAAACAAAUUAUAUAUUGUUUUAUUAAUGAUUCCAAAGUUGGUUAAAAGACUUCCUUAAUUUUUUUAAAUAACACGUUUGAAUGCAAUGUAUUUAUUCACAUUUGGAAAUUAUUUUUUUUUUCAAUAUUUGUUUAAUUUUACAUAUUUCUCUUUUUAUCAUAAAAAUAAUAAAUGACAAUUACAAUUGUCAGAAUAUUUUCAAAUAUCAGAAUAAUCUCUAGCCUAAACAGCAUUCCAGAUAUUGUGGUCGGGUAGUUAUUGAUUUUAUAUUUAACAUUCCUAUUAAAGUUAUAUAAAAACAAAAAUAAGUUGUCAGACUAUUGUUUGGGCCUAUAUCCUUUACAAUGAUCCAGAGUUUGUCAAAUUAAAUGUUUAUUAGCUGAGUGAAUCUAUGUCUGUACUUAUGUGUAGUGGUCAAACUUUUGGCAAACAAUCCUGUGCUUGUUUACUGUGUAGUUUAGCAUGUUCAUUACUGCUGUCAAUAAGCAAAAUUAUCAACUUACUCUAAAUUAUUGUUUGGUUUAAAUCAAAACUUUCCCUUUUUUUUAUUUUUAA